UUUUACAUUAACCAACAUGGCGUCAUGCAGCAGAACGCAGGUGAUCUCCUUGUACAGGAUGCUUAUAAAAGAGAGCAAGAAAUUCCCCUCUUACAAUUACAGAACAUAUGCCCUGCGCAGGGUAAAGGAUAGCUUCAGGGAGAAUCUCCAUGUUGACAACCCAAAAACUCUGGAUAUGCUGCUCAACCAGGCCAGAGAGAACCUUGCUGUCAUCAGGAGACAGGUGUCCAUUGGACAGAUGUACACUACUCAGAGGACCAUUGUUGAGGAAACUGGAGUGCACAGAGACCUCUGAGUUUGUAGUGGUGUUGUUGUGAUUGUUGUUAUCAUAGCAUGUCUUGGGCCACAUUUUGGACAGUUAAAGUCACAUUUUGCUAUGGUAACAGCACUGAGGAAAGACUUUAGUCCCAGAAAGCACUCACACCAGACAACAUUUCUCUCUGAUGUAUUGAAAUGUAUGACCUCUUUUUAAAACUCUUAACUCAUGUUAUCAUUUAUAUGUAUUUGUAACAGCUUGUAGUGAUAUGUAAUACCCUUUUGUUGCAAUGAUGGCAGUAUCUCAAUUAAACAGUAAUAUAUGAAGUAUGUAGUUUUUAGAGUUUGGCCCGGAUGUUUUUUUAUAAUACUAUUUUAUAAUUUCACAUGAUUUACUCUCAAUGUUUAAAUUUCACUAGUUCUGGUGUCUAAGCCACAGAUUCUUAUAAAUUCAUGCUCGUUGAGUCGAGCCUUGAUGAUCACA